AUGAGAAACUUUUCAAGACUGGCUUUGUUGCCUCUUGUCCUGUUUGUGGGUCUUUCGAAAUUGGUGAAUAGUCAACCAUAUGAAGCGUACCCAAUCGCAGACCAGUUACCACCAGUUGCUAGAGUUGGUGAGCAAUUUACUUUCCAAAUUUCCAACGAUACUUACAAGUCAUCUGUUAGCCAGAGCACGCAAAUAGCCUACGAGGCUCAUGAGUUGCCCUCGUGGUUGUCAUUUGACCCCUCUUCUCGUGUGUUAAGCGGCUCUGCUAGCUCAGGCGACUUGAGUAACGAUGCUGAGCAGUACUUCACGUUUAUUUUGGAAGGCACCGACCCAUCUGAUAAUUCAAAAUCAAAUUUUACACAUCAAUUGGUUCUCAGUAACCGUUCAAGCGUCGAAAUAGCUGCUAAUUUUAAUCUACUUGCUUUGUUGAAGAAUUAUGGUUCUACAAACGGGAAAAGCGGCAUAAUUUUAUCACCUAACGAGAUUUUCAAUGUCACAUUCGAUAGGUCAACCUUCGCUAGUAAUAACGCGAUUGUAGCGUAUUAUGGUCGAAUGAAGCAGUACAAUGCGCCAUUACCGAAUUGGCUAUUUUUUGAUCAAAACAAUUUGAAAUUUAGCGGUAGAGCACCCGUAGUCAAUUCUGACAUCGCUCCUCAAACCACUUAUAGCCUGACUUUGAUCGCUACAGAUAUUGAGAAUUUUGCAGGUGUCGAGGUUCCUUUCGAUUUAGUCAUCGGCGCCCAUGAGUUGACUACGACAAUUCAAAACAGUCUGCUUGUAAACGUAACUUCUAGCGGCGAGUUUCACUACGAAUUACCGUUGGAUUAUGUGUUUUUUGAUGGAAAUCAAAUCACAGCACAAGAACUCGGCUCUAUGGACUUGGUUGGUGCACCUACUUGGGUCGAAUUGAAUAACGAUACUCUGUCGGGAACAAUGUCAACUGAUGAGUCCUCUUCGAAUUCUGCAAACUUUUCAGUUGCUGUUUACGAUACUUUUGCUGAUGUCAUCUACUUUAACUUUAGAAUUGAAUCAACAAACCAAUUAUUCGCCGUGCCUUCAUUAUCGAACAUCAAUGCAACACGGGAUGACUGGUUUGAAUACAACUUCUUGCCAUCGCAAUUCACUGAGUACUCUGACACAAAUGUAUCGAUUGCAUUUACCAAUUCCACCCAAUCUCAUAACUGGAUUAAUUUUAGAUCAUCAAACUUGACGCUAUCAGGUAUGGUACCAGAGGAUUUAGACUCCCUAGCAUUGAGUCUCAUUGCAUCCAGGGGAAGUGUCAGACAGAGCCUGGACUUUCAAAUAAUCGGAAUGGACAGUACUGAGAGACAUUUGAAUCGGACACAUAAUUCAACGACUUCUCUCAGGUCGUCAUCUACCUCCUCAACGUCACUUCCUUCCUCUACCUCAGGCAGUAAUCCAGUGACAACUACAUCUUCUGCCGCAACAUCGUCCCCAACAACAAGUGCAGGUACCGCUCCUUUAAUGCUUAAUAGCUCAUCUAGGAGGACUACGGCUAUCGCUUGUGGCGUUGCUAUCCCAUUAGGACUAAUCGCCAUUUUCGCUUUAAUAUUCUUCUUAUUUUGGAGACGCAGAAAGAGCAAGAAUGCCGAUGAUGCUGAGAAAUUUGCUAAUAUAAGCGGUCCAGAUGUAAAUAAUUCGGCAAACAGACCUAACCAGGCAUCUGCCCUUGCAACUGCAGGUGCCUUUGACGAUCCUUUCGAUGACUUGAAUGCUCAUGCAGGGACCGACGCUCAGAGAUUAGGUGCUCUAAAUGCAAUGAAACUGGAUGAGGUAUCUUCUUCAAAUUCGGAGGGAUCAACUAUCGACGAAAAGACUUCAUCCCUUGAUAAUAAAGAUAUUUACUUAGACAAUGACGUUUCACAUAGUGCCGAAGAGCUGCUUCCAAACCCUCCGCCAAAUGGGAACUUUUUCGAUCCCCAGAAUAGAUCCUCAUCAGUAUAUCUUGAUAGCGAACCAGCGAAUAGAAAGUCAUGGAGAUAUAAGUUGAGUCCAAUGAAGAUUCAGGAUUCAAAAACAAGAGACAGCUGCACAUCAGCAAGUACAGUCUCUACCACGGACUUUAUGAAUACCAUUAUAAAAGAUGAUCAACCACUGCCCAAAGAUCCAAGAAAAUCCACUUUGGGAUUGCGAGAUUCAGUUUUUUGGAACAAGAUGUCCCCAGCUAAGAAACCCAUGAAUAAUUUGAGCCAACAACUUGAAUCUCAGAACAGCAUGAUACCCAAUCUAGAUGAUCAAAGUCAUGCGUCAUCUAAUUACAGAACUGAGACGAGCCCCACAAGUACUUUCUCCGAUGAAUUCGUGCCGGUUAAAAACGGCAAUAAUUACAGCUGGGUACAACGUUCGAAGCCUAACAGACAACCAAGUGGGAAAAGACUAGUGAAAACUCCCAACUUGGGUGAUGUGAAUGUGAGUCAGGCUGCAGAAGUUGAGGGACAUGUGCCGGAACAAAUAUGA